ACGAGGCAUUGCCCUUUAGCUUUGUUCUAGAGCCAAACACUACAGAGAGACUCUCACACUUGUUUCAAUUAAUUAAAUCUGAUAUUUUGGCUCUUCCUAUAAACUAAUGUCUCCAGUUCGUAGAGUCAUGGCGUUAGCAUCCACCACGUUGCCGACGAAGUCUGGACUGUCUCUUUGGUGUCCGUCUUCUCCGUCUCUCGCUCGUCGCUUUCCCGCUCGUUUCUCUCCGAUCGGUUCUAGAAUCGCUUCCAGAGGCCUCGUCACUGCUUCGUUCGCUAACGAGAAUCGCGAGUUUGUGAUUGUUGGUGGAGGAAAUGCUGCUGGUUAUGCUGCUAGGACUUUUGUUGAAAAUGGAAUGGCUGAUGGUCGCCUCUGCAUUGUGACCAAAGAGGCUUACGCACCUUAUGAGAGACCGGCUUUGACAAAAGCUUACUUGUUCCCACCAGAGAAGAAGCCAGCUCGUUUACCAGGAUUUCAUACUUGUGUUGGAGGUGGUGGAGAAAGACAGACACCAGACUGGUAUAAGGAGAAAGGAAUUGAGGUAAUAUAUGAAGAUCCAGUGACUGGAGCUGAUUUUGGAAAGCAAACCCUCACAACAGACACUGGGAAGCAGUUAAAAUAUGGAUCCCUAAUUAUCGCUACAGGGUGUACAGCCUCAAGGUUCCCAGAUAAAAUUGGUGGGAACUUGCCAGGGGUUCACUAUAUUCGGGAGGUUGCAGAUGCUGAUUCGUUAAUAUCAUCUCUGGGAAAGGCAAAGAAAGUUGUCAUUGUGGGUGGUGGCUACAUUGGCAUGGAGGUUGCUGCGGCAGCUGUUGCGUGGAAUCUAGAUACAACAAUUGUGUUCCCUGAAGAUCAGCUUUUGCAAAGACUGUUCACUCCAUCACUUGCUCAGAAAUAUGAAGAACUAUACCGUCAAAAUGGGGUUAAGUUUGUCAAGGGUGCUUCGAUAAAUAACUUGGAAGCCGGUUCGGAUGGGCGUGUAUCAGCUGUUAAGCUUGCUGAUGGGUCUACAAUUGAGGCAGACACGGUUGUAAUCGGGAUUGGAGCUAAGCCUUCUAUUGGCCCCUUUGAAACUUUGGCCAUGAACAAAAAUAUUGGAGGAAUUCAGGUCGAUGGCUUAUUCCGGACAAGUACCCCUGGAAUUUUUGCUAUUGGAGAUGUCGCAGCCUUCCCUUUGAAGAUAUAUGAUCGAAUGACUCGUGUUGAACAUGUUGAUCACGCCCGCCGUUCCGCACAACACUGUGUGAAAUCGCUUCUUACGGCUCACACUGACAUGUAUGAUUAUCUUCCAUACUUCUACUCAAGAGUAUUCGAGUAUGAAGGCAGCCCAAGAAAAGUUUGGUGGCAGUUUUUCGGGGAUAAUGUGGGAGAAACAGUUGAGGUUGGGAACUUCGACCCAAAAAUCGCUACCUUCUGGAUUGAAUCUGGUAGGUUGAAAGGUGUUCUUGUAGAAAGCGGAUCUCCUGAGGAGUUCCAGCUUCUUCCUAAGCUAGCAAGAAGCCAGCCUAUUGUCGAUAAGGCCAAACUCGCAAGCGCAUCCUCAGUCGAAGAAGCCCUCGAGAUUGCUCAAGCCGCUCUACAGAGUUAGAGAGAGAGAGAAACUUCACGCAGUUUUUUUUUAAAUAGCUUUUUGGGGUUCAGAGAAAUCAACAGCUUUGAUUCUCGGUGAGAGUAUUCAUCUUUCCAUUGGAAAAGUGAUUUAUAGAGAGCACUGUUGUCAAUAAUCUCACGCAAAUCAUCUAUAGCCUGUUAUUGAGAUAAUCAUAAUUUGCUCACUAGAGAGCUUGUUUCUAAUAAAAAUCCAUAUGAGAGUCUUGACAUA